GCUUAUGUUGUGCUUUCCGAGUCGUAGUGAUGGCUGUCUGCUUUGCUCGAUUCAAUUUUGUAGUUUGGGCCAUAAUGGUAUCUCCCAAAGUAAAAAAAACGUUGACCAUUUUCCCCUACUAGAGCCACCCCUAAUCAGUGACGGUGGUAUAUUCUGUUCGUUUGGCCACGCCCCCUGAUCUCCCCCUGCGGCGAGUGGCAAAUGGAAGAUCCCUUUGGAGACUGGGAUUGUGCUUGCAGAGGAGCUUCCAAAGACAUUCGAGAAAGACUGUCUAAUACUGGAAUGGAAGAAGGCUCAGGCACACCCGUAACACACUACGCUUCCACUUAUGUGAAUGAUCAUGUUGGCUUCUGGGGCUGUAUCAAAACCUUUCCAAGUGAUUUUGUUGUGACAGAAAUUAAUAUGCAUGGACAGUUGGUUAAUGAGAUUGCAACAGACUGUCUUCCUAAAUCUGGCGGAACCUUGUCAGACCAAAGCAGGAGCUGUCAGCGGGAUUCCAAAAGACUCAGGCUGAGUCCUUCAGAGCCAUGUAUAGAAGAAUAUUUCAGAGAACAAGAUGGGGAUGUUCAUUGUCCCUCAGAAGUUCUUCAUUCCGUUGUUGAAGAAGGUGAAGAACAUUCACUUAAGAAGGUGCGUGAAUGCUACCAUGAUAAAGCUGAGACAUUGGACUCCUUAUUAGAUCAGACUGUAAGGGAACAACUGCAUCAGUUUGCUUACUCCGUAAAAGAUAUGUGGAAUUUUAAAUCAGAACCAGAGGUUUUUUCCACUGAAUUCUCACUUGGUCCAAUUCCCAAGAAGACGGUUCGAGCCAGUUUGCAUGGUGCCAUUAGACAGGAAUACCCUUUCUUAGCCACCAUUACAAAGUCUGGUGAAAUUGUCGUAAGAGCAAAUCAGGAUUACCAGGAACUCUGUAAGUUGGUGUCCGAAGAGGAAGCUUCUGGUUUUCUGAAAUUCCUGGAUGCCAAAUUAGAAAAUUCCAAGUUUGCUUUUAGACCUGAUGGGAAUAAGGAACAUCGUAAAAAGGUUCACCAUUUCCUUAAUAAAAAAUUUGGUAAGCUUGUGGAGACAAAGUCUUUUCCCGACUCUGAGCAUAAAGUUGUAAUUAUGGUAAGGUUUCGGGAGAAAAAUGGAUACCGGAAAAGGACUAAUGCUGGGAACAGAGAGAAAGAAGAAAUUUACACAGCCUUUACUCUCCAAAAAGAGAACCUGGAAACACUUGAAGCAAUUAGCUAUUUGUCUUCUGAACUUGGUGUGCUCCCUUCAGACUUCAGUUACACAGGCAUUAAAGAUAAGAAGGCUGUUACCUACCAAGCUAUGGUUGUGAAAAAAGUAACUCCUAAAAGAUUAAAAGAGCUUGGAAUCAUAAUUGGGAAAAAAAGACUCGGUCUGUCUAAUAUACACUCCGUGAACCAAUCCCUGAGACUUGGUCAGCUGCAAGGAAAUCAUUUUGCUAUCAUCGUGAGAGAUUUAAAACUUCACAGCAACGACUGUCAUGGAAACCUAAAAGAGAGGGUUUAUGAAGCAAUGGAGAAGGUCAAGAAAAAUGGUUUCAUAAAUUAUUAUGGACCUCAACGUUUUGGACAAGGACAGAAUAUCCAUACAGAUCAAAUUGGACUGGCUUUGCUGAAUGAAGAAAUGGUCAAAGCUGUAAAAUUGUUUUUCACUCCUGAAGAUUCAGAUGACCCUGUCAAUAAAGCCAAAAAAUACUUUCUUGAGACAGAGGAUGCAAAAGGGACUCUUGCGAUGCUUCCUGACUUUAAAGUAAGAGAGAGGAUGUUACUGCGUGCUUUGAACCGCUAUGGUUUAAAUCAUGAGGGUUGUAUACAAGGCUGGCUCAGCAUUCCUCACUCCAUGCGUAUUUUCUACGUUCAUGCGUACUGUAGCAAAAUUUGGAAUGAAGCUGUGUCCUACCGGAUUAAAACCUAUGGUACAAGUGUUGUAACUGGCGAUCUGGUCUUUUCUAUAGAAGAUAAUGAAAGCUGUUCACCAAGUGACAAGGUCCAUGUCAUAACAUCUGAAGAAGAAAUGGCCAAUAAAUAUACAAUAAAUCAAGUCAUUAUACCAAUGGCUGGUUACAGCAUCCAAUAUCCCACCAAUAAAGUGGGUGAGUGGUAUCAUGAAAGACUGGCUGGAGAUGGACUUCAGAUGGGCCACUUUCGACUUCCUGCAUUGCAACUGAAUGUGCCUGGCUGCUAUCGACAUAUUCUGAAAUAUCCUCAUGAUCUGUCCUAUAGUUUCUUAGAAAACAGUGGAAAAGAUCUUACACCUGGAGGUGACUGCUUUCAGGACUCAAUAUUUUCUCUUUCUGUGUCCUUUUGGCUUGAUCCUUCAUGUUAUGCAACAGUUUGUUUGGGCGAAAUCAUGAAGUGUGAUCUUUAAAGGCAAAAUAAAGUGUUUCAUCCCAGUUUACAGGUAUAUAGGGCACUCCUUAAAUAUGGCACAGACUAAGGGAAAAAGUGGAGCUGAAAGGAAUGCUUUGACAUUUAUGUUAUUAAUCUAAUUAUAAAUUUCCAGCAGAUUAGGAUUGGGAAAAACAAUGCUGUGCAUCAAUUAUUUGGAAAAUGUGAAUUUGUGGACUUGGGAAAGACUAAGAGUUCUUACAGAAAGGACCUUUUCCAGUUCUGCUAAUAUAGUAGUGCACAUGUUCCAUCUUUUCCUCCUUUACAGAUGUUUAUUCUAACAAAGUCACAUUUUAAAAAAAACAGCUGCAGUACAUGAAAGGGCUACAAGUGGUAGAUGAUGCUUGGAUUCCUCAUAAAAUUCCUUGUUUGAGGCAGAGUAAUUGCCAGAUAAAAGCUUCACACGGAAACACCUGAACUGUGGAAACGUGGUACAUCCAUUUAUGUUGGAGUAAACCCAGUUGAAAUGAAUGGGGCUUGAAUGCAUGAUUGAGAUGUAAAAUCCUUUUCUGAACUUUACAUCAGAAAAAAGAGAGAAAUAGAACUAAUACCUAAGUGUAUCAUAUUGUUAAAAAUGAAACUGAAAUAUGGAGAGUUGCAGGAAGUACUAUAUACACAGAUGGUUAUAUAUAUAUAUAUAUUUUCAAGGAGAAAGAUGAGUGUGAUCCAAUGCCCACAUUCCUGUUCCAUUCCUAAUUGACUAAGAGUACCGUCUUCCAUGAAAGUCGAUGGUUUGAGCAUUGGACUAUUACUCUGGAGACCAUGUUUGAAUCCCAGUUUAGUAAUGGCUACUCAUUGAGUGACCUUGGGCAACUCAGCUUCAGAGGAAGGUAAAACCAAAUCCACUCUGAACAAAUCUUGCUUGCCAAGACUAUCCUAUAAUGAGGUUGUCGUAAGUUGGAAACAACCUGAAGGUACACACUGCAGCAAGCACCACCUUUCAUACUGUUAGACAUCAACCCUAUAGCUCAGGAAUAGGCAAACCGGCCUUUCAGAUGUUGCUAGACUACAAUGGCCAACAUUCCUUACCACUGGCUAUUCUGCCUAAGGUAGACAGGAGUUCAUUAUCUAGGAGCCUGAAUUUCAUCUACUUGCUUAAAAUGUUGGGUUUGAAGAGUUGGAAGAGUUCCCAAGAAACAUCUAAAUCCUGCCACUACAGAAAAUCCACAGCUGAAGCAUCUUCGAUAGGCAUCUGAACUCUGUUUACAAGCAUCCAGCAAAAGAGUUCCUCCUAGGGUUUAACUGGAAUAUUCUUUUGUUGUAGCUUGACUAUAUUGGUUUAGGUCCUCCUUUCCGUAGCAAAUGAAAACAAACCUGCUUCAUCUUUGAUACGACAGCCCUUCAGAAAUUUGUAGAUGACUGUCAUAUUUCUCAAACUUUAAUUUAAGAAUGUAAUGAGAUUUACUUUUGAUAGACAUGUGUUCAAUUAUACUGCACUCAUGCUGCAUUCGUUUGCAUAAACUAAGUAAAAUUCAGUUUCCUCCACUGCUCAUUCAUUUAGGCUUUCAUUAUUAUAAAUAUAUAGGCAAUGAAUGUGCAAACAAAUGUCAUUCCUGAAAGAAUACAUAGUCACAAUAAAAGAGCAAUUAAAUUAUACACAGCGCUUAGAACUAGAAAGCCAAAUGUGCAUUGAAGACAUGUCAACAAAGAAUUUCAGCAGAGAGACUAUGACUCUAGUCAACGAUCACCAGCAAAUCACCAGCCCCUCGUGGUGCAAUGGGUUAUACCCUUGUGCUGGCAGGACUGCUGACCGACAGGUCAGCGGUUCAAAUCCAGGGAGAGCGGGCGAGCUUCCUCUGUCAGUUCCAGCUCCCCAUGUGGGGACAUGAGAGAAGCCUUCCACAAGGAUGGUAAAACAUCAAACAUCUGGGCAUCCCCUGGGCAAUGUCCUUGCAGACGGCCAAUUCUCUCACACCAGAAAUGAUUUUCAGUUUCUCAAGUCGCUUCUGACAUGAAAAAAACCAGUAAAAUUCCUUUCACAAAAGUGACCAUGUUACUAAAGAGGUGCUUCAGGAAAUAAAAUAUUUCACAAAGCAGGUAUCAGAGAGGAGAAGAAAAAUGUUAUUUGAUGAAUAUGCUAACAAUGGAAUUUUUAAAAACCAGAGUAAUUCCUGUAAUGGAAUAUGAGUUUUUGCCAACUGCCUUGCAAUAAUCUAGAUUAUAUUGUUGUCAUUGAUGCAGAUUUUAAAGGGGCUCAUAAAUAGGAUGUCAAAAAACACAACAGUGCUAUUUUAAUGCAUUCUUGCCAAGCAGAAUGUAAGCACAAUGCAUAGAAUUAUCAAGUGAUUUUCUGUUGUGGUCACCUUGAAAGAUAUUUGAAAUACUUUUAGUAGCAUUUUAAACACCUCUCAGUUUCCUAGGUAGAUAGCAACAAUAUAUAUAGAUACAUUGGUUGCAUGCCUCAGGUUUUGCCCGUAGAUGGCAGUGCAACUUUGCAGAAUGGUAGAUGUUUGGCACCACUUUCCAAUUUUGUUGCACCCUGAAGGUAAGGGAUUCACCUUUUGAUUUUAAUUUUUAAAUGUCUCAGUGUUGCUUGUGAACUAGAAAUGAGUUCUAGGGAAUACAGACUUUCCUCAUUCGGUGCAUACAAGCUGUAGGUUACAGUACUAAAUUACAUCUCAGCUAUCAAAUAGCAGAAGUAGUCUUACUAUAUUUUAACAGGCCUUCAAAAAUGAAGGUAAUAUGUUCAAAUGGAAACAAUAGAUUAUAUAAUUGGGUGAUAUUUAUGCAAUGUUAUUUUUUCUAAUGGAAUAUUCAAUGCCAUGUGAACAUAGAGACAAAGACAGAUGCAGAAGCAAUUUAACAUUCUCCAGCUUCCUGACGGGAUGCUCGAUCCUAGCCACAAGGGGAGAAGCUGCUUCAUCAUCCUCUGUGACAUCUUGAUGGAUACUUCCUCAUUCCAAACGGCUGCUGGAUGAUUUUUAUGGUGUCAUAAAUUAGUUAAAUUAGCCUCCCCGCAAAGCGGUACCUAAAUUCCUACUUGAUAGAUGCAGCUAUCUUUUGGUUGCUUAGUUUAACAACGAGCAGGAGCUAUUUUUUUAAAGGUCAGGUCCUCACUCCGACACAGGCUGGCCUCGAACUCAUGACCCCACUUCCAUAUGUCCCUGCCCGCAGUGGAGUACCCCUCUGUCCCUCUCACUCCAGGUUUUAUCUUUGUGUUUACGCGGCCUGCCCAUGUUUUAUUGUUUUCUGAUUUCUUGAUGUAAUGCCUAUUAUCAUUUAUUGUAUUUUUUAAUGGUGCUAUGAUAUGUUGUUUUUAUAUCUUAUUAUGUUGUAUUGCUCUGGGCAUGGCCCCAUGUUAGCCGCCCCGAGUCCCCAUUGGGGAGAUGGUGGCGGGGUAUAAAUAAAGUAUUAUUAUUAUUAUUA